UCCGCACCGACAGCACGCAGUGGGACGUGUCUCCUGGAACACUCGGACUAUAUCAACUUUUUUUUUUCUUCCAUGUCUCCAUUUGUGCGCGUUAUUCACGCAGAGGAGCUUUGUGGUUUUUAUUCCCCGGGGGUUUGAAAUCGGAGUAUCGGAGCCGUGAUGCCUCAGCUCGGAGGAUUCUCCGUCCUUCGGGACCUUUAAGGACGUCCAGCUGUGUGUGUGUGUGUGUGUGUUUUUCUUAUUUCUCUUUUUUUUUUUUUUGUGUCCCCCCCCCCCGCCCCGAUACUUCCGUGACUGCAUGGAUUACAUUCACCAGCCGCAAACACCACCCGGGACUUAAAGUCGAGCCUGACGCGCGUCCACCCAAAAGCGCAGCGCCCCGUCUCCAAUGAAAUAUCUCCCUUUCGGAUCACUAAGCACGCGCAUCGAGCUCCCCGCGACCAGCGACCGAACCGAGCCUCGUCCCGGUGCCGUGGUGUCCCCGUUGGCCCCUCUGGACCCACUCCGGCAGGCGAAGCGGCUUCCCAUCCGAGUCCUCAAGAUGCUGACGGCGCACACCGCGCACUUGCUGCACCCGGAGUAUUUACAGCCUCUGACGCCCGCGCCCGUGAGCAUCGAGCUGGAUGCCAAGAAGAGUCCGCUGGCCCUGCUGGCUCAGACCUGCUCUCAGAUCGGUAAACCGGACCCUCCGUCCUCCUCCAAGCCGGCCUCCUCCAGCAGCCAGGGGGACAAGGAGUCCAGCGGCCGGUCGUCCGGCUCCAGCCUGAAGCACGGGGAGCUCCGCCCCUCCCCGGAGGACAGGUGUAGCUUCAAGCCCUACAACAAAGGCGGGGGGGACGGCCGCAGAGACGGCGUCGCGGGCGGCGGCGGCGAUAAGGUCGGCUUCAGAGUGCCCGGCAAUAAUGUCCCCACUAACGCAAACCCCACCGGGGGCCAGCAGUCCUACCCGGCCCCCGCGGCCUCCCCCGGCUCCAGAGCCAGCAGCAGCACCCCCCCGGCACACGCUCAGCACCACCGCCACAAGCUGAGCCCGUCUCCCGGUGGCGGACAGGCGCGCACUCACACUCCUGGGGGGGAGAGUGGCUACGAGCAGGGCAGCCCCCCCGCCAGCACCACCAGCAGCGCCAACAACAAUCCCAAAAAGGAGGCGGACGGAAACAAGGCCGGCCCGGAAAGUCCGCACGACGCCAACUCCAGCCACGGCCGGGCCGUCACGAACUGCAGCAACGGCAGCUCCGACGGGGGCUCCAACCACGAGGGGGGGGGCAAAGCGGAGUCGUCGAACCCCGGCCUGGGCCACGGACGCAUCACGCCCAUUUCUCCCUACAAGGCCGGCCAGCUCUUCCCCCUGCCCUCCCCCGGCAUGGGCUACCACGGCUCUGUGGCGGGGGCGUACGCCGGCUACCCGUCUCAGUUUGUCCCCGGGAUGGAUCCGGCGAAGUCGGGCCUCGGCAUGGGGGGGCCGGGAAAGCACCCGAGCUCCAGCCCCCUCACGGGGGCCUCCCCUCCGUCCUUCAUGCAGAGCUUGUGCAGGGACCCCUACUGCCUCAGCUUCCCCGGCGUGUCCCACCUCGGCGGCGGCGGCGGCGGCAACUGCAACUCCUGCAUCCACGACGCCUCCCCCGCCCUCAAGCCCAACUACCCGCUGGUGUACCCGUCCCACCCGCUGCACUCCCUGCACCACCAGAGCUCCAUGUCGUCCAGCGUGUCCGCGUCCCUGUCGCAUCCGCUCUACACGUACGGCUUCAUGCUCCCCAACGACCCGCUGCCUCACGCCUGCAACUGGGUGUCGGCGGGGGGGCCGUGCGACAAGCGCUUCCCCACGUCCGACGAGCUGCUGGCUCACCUGCGCACUCACACGGCGCUGCCCCUGGGGAUGGACGGCAAGAUGCUCUCCGUUUCCUCCUCCGGGCCGGCCUCCUGCCACCUCCACCUCCCCCACCAGAGCAGCCCGGGCUCCAUGCACAGCUCCCUGUCCCUCAGGGCGCCGCCCGGCCUGGGCUUAGCUCGCUAUCACCCCUACAACAAGGUCCACCUGCCCCCCGGACCGUCCUCCAUCUCCCUGCACUCUCUGCCCACCACGGGCCCGUACUACCCUCACUACGCUCUCUACAGUCAAAGACUUGGAUCUGCAUCCGCUCUGGGCUACCAGUGAUACGAGUGGGGGAUUAUGGGAAAUGCACUUAUUCAAGUCGUAUUGGAAGAUUGAUAAUGGUCUGGUGUCUUUCCCUGAUUGUGAAACCACGGCCCGGUUAGCUUAGCUUAGCACAAAGACUGGAUACAGGGGGAAACUGCUAGCCUUACUAUGCAAAUUUCAACAAAAUCAGCCAAGAGGCAGUUUUUUAAUAUCUUGUUUGUUUGAUACAUAAAUUGACAAAUUGUAAAAAGUUUCCAUCGACACGAUGGAUCUCGAGCCGAGCAACAGUCCAGCAAAUAAACUGCAGAUUAAUAUUGUACACUUCAGUAUAUUUAUAACUAAUAAACAAACAAGAUGUAACGUCUUCAAAAGGGUGCCGCACAGAGCCGGGCUAGCUGUUUCCAUCUGUUUCAAGUCUUUGUGCUAAGCUAAGCUAACCAGCCGUAGCACCGCAUUCAACAGACGGAUCGUGUGUAUCCACCAGAAAAAAAACAUUCCCAAAUGCCGAACUUUUGACUUCAAGCGCAACACUUUCUAAACCCCCCCCCACCCCCCCCCCCCCCCCCCCCCCCCGCCCACAUCGCUGGGACACUUUUGGGCCGGAGGGGGACUUGUUGCAGGCCGAUGCUCAUCUGCAGGGUUAAGUGCCGUAAAGAGAUGCAUGUGAGCUCGACGCAGCGGACGCUCUUUUACUGUUUAUUCAGCCUGGUGGUUUGCGAUGAUUUGUUUGGGUUUGUUAUGUUUUGUUUAUUCCUACUGAGAAGUUGUAUUUAUUUUUUACUGGGGAUCUGGCUUUCCUCGUUUACUUUAUGAAUCUAUUCUCAUUUUACAAUCCUCUGAGCGGACAUGUUGGAAGCCCGGAUGACAGAUGUUUCUAAACUUCUCUCUCUCUCUGUCAAUAACUCUUUAGUUUUUUUUUUUUUUUUUGUUAUUAUUUCCACAGAAAGUCAACAAAAAUGAGAUGUGAUAUUUUUAUGUAAAACUUGGAACACCCUGUGGUGGUAUCCAGUGAAAGUGGAGGUCAUAUUUUGUUAAAUAAAUCACACUGAAGAUUC